AUGGAAGAGCCCGGAAAAUCCCAAGGAAGCGGCCAGAGGGAGCUGCCGGGCUCCGACCGCUUCCUGUGGCCAAGGCCUGUGAUUCCGGUCACCGAGUUUAUCCCGGAAUUCCCGGGAUAUAAAAGCGGCUCCUCCGGGGAGCUCCGCACCCGCAGGCUCCUCCCGAGCUCCCUCCUGCCGCAGGACGCACCAGGCUCUUCCAGGAUGUCCCAGCAGCAGAAGCAGCCGCAGCAGAUCCCGGCCCAGUGCAAGCAGAAAAUCCAGGCCCAGCAAAGCCAGGCCCAGCAAAGCCAGGCCCGGCAAAGCCAGGCCCAGCAAAGCCAGGCCCAGCAAAGCCAGGCCCAGCAAAGCCAGGCCCAGCAAAGCCAGGCCUGCAAAGGCCAGACCAAGGAGGCCGUGAAGAGCCUCCCGCAGCAGCAGUGCUCCAAGCAGAAGUAGAGGCUGUCCCAAAUUCCUGAAAAAAUUCCCGCUUUUCCCGCCUCUCCUGGAUCCCGGGGACGUCUCCUGACCCGCAGCCACCAGCAUUAACGAGAUGCGCUUAAUUAGGCUUCAAAAUUAAUAAAUGAAUUAAUGGCAUCAACUGUGGAUGAUUCUGCCAGGCUGUUUUUAAUUCCGAGUUUAAAUCAUGGUGAAAUGUGGUUAAUUAGGCUUUAAAAUAAUAAAUUAAUUGAUUUCAUGAACUAGAGAUGAUUUUGUGAGGCUGAUUUUAAUUCUGAGUUUAAAUCAUGAUGAGAUGUGCUUAAUUAGGCUUCAAAAUUA